AAUUUAAAAUUAAUUUCAACUCAUUGUUAAUUUUUUUUUAAUUAAAUCAAAUAUUAUUGUUAUUUGAUAAUUUCAUCUAUAGUUAUUGUUUCACCUUAAAGUUUAACCAUGUGUAAUAAUACCAAAGAGGAAGAUAUUGUGGAAAAAUGGGGCUUGCCAUUGAAAGAACUAUAUACAUUAGCUCUAAAGUUCUUUAAAGAAAAAGAAGGUAAAGCUAUACAUUUUACAUAUGAUGAUAAAUUAAAACUUGUUGCAUAUACACGUCAAGUAUGUCAUGGAAAAUUAGAUGAGUCAAAAUUACCUCCUUUAGGUGUAUUUGAUGUUAUCGGAAGGGAUCGGAGAUUAGCUUGGCAAGCACUUGGUGAUAUGUCGACAGAAAACUCCAUGAUUAAUUUUAUUAAAUUGGUUAAUAAAGAAUGUACUUUGUUCAAACAUACUGUUGAAGCUUAUAAAGCAGAUUUGAUUGAACAAAAACGAAUAACUGAAGAAAAUAUGAAAAAAGAGCAAGAAGAAUUAGAAAAACAACUUGCAGCAAUGGAAUUAAAACAAAAAGAAGAAGAUGAAAGAUGUAGGCAAGAAAAUACCAAGCAACUCAUUCAAGAAGCGUUGAAUAAACAAACUUAUAGUCAGUUUUUAACAUAUGCGCAAAAUCAAUUUCCAAAUAAUCCUGAUGAGCAAGCUGUACUUGUAAGGCAAUUACAGGAGCAGCAUUAUCAUCAAUAUAUGCAACAAUUACAACAAAACUAUGAACCUGGGAAAGAAUUAGAAAUAGCCACUAAUUCUAUUACUAUUCCUGAAGAUAGAGUAAUUGAACAUGAAAGUGUCUGUAAUGAACAAUGCGAAAAUGGCCAUUGUCUUUCUGGAGAAUGCUCUGUUCAAACAUUGUUUCCUGCGUCAAUGUGGACUAGAAAAGAUAUUGAUGAAUUUAAAGCUAAUUUAAUUAGAGAAGGAGGAGAAACGGUUAUUAAAGUUAAUCACGGAGAAACAGUUACAGUAAGAGUUCCUACAGCUGAAGGUGGUAAUUGUGUAUUUUGGGAAUUUGCAACUGAUGGCCAUGAUAUAGGUUUUGGAGUUUACUUUGAAUGGGUUAAACCUAGUACUAGUCAAGUUUCAGUUCAUGUUUCAGAGAGUGAAGAUGAUGAUUGUGAUGACUUGGAGGAUGAUGAUGAUGGUAAUAUCAAUCAAGAUUUACUUAAUGAAUUAGAACAAAAUGGUGUUACAAUUCAAGAUAUUAAAAAGAGCAAUCAAUUAAAUCGACCUCCAUUGUCAAUCAUAAUUCCUGUGUACCGCAGAGAUUGUCAUAAAGAAGUUUAUGCUGGAAGUCACUUAUAUCCUGGUGAAGGAGUUUACUUACUUAAAUUUGAUAACUCAUACAGUUUAUGGAGAUCUAAAACAUUAUAUUAUAGAAUAUAUUACUCACAAUAAUGUUAUAAUUUUGUUUGUUCAAUUUCCAACCAAAUUUUACUUGGUGUAAAGUAUUUUAUUGCUCGAUUA